CAGGUUAUGGCUAGAUGGGAUGCAGCUUUUGUCAAAUUAACAUCAUAUUUGACUUUUUGCAGCAGGUUAUGAUAAUUUACGAAGCAGGUUAAGAGAAUGAACGUAGCAGGUUAGGAUACUUGUGUUAAGGUUAUGACAAGAGUUAUGGUUAGUGUUAGUAAAAUGCUAAAUAAAUCAACUUUUGGUGUUAAUUUGACCAAAGCUGGAUACCUUCUAGUCUUGACCGGGUAACCACGGCAGAAAAAUAACGGAGUGACUCGAUGUUGUAUUAGAAUAAGACGAUAACAUGGAGUCCAUUGAUUUGGAGAGGGAGGACCCUUCUAGCUCACUAUCUGGAUAUGCCAAUGGAGAGAUAAUGACCCUGGAGAUCUCAGACGUCUCUCCAGACUUGCUUGUUCUCGAGGUAAAAGACAACCUACCUGAAAGUAACCAUGGCAGCCUAGACAUGGAGAUGGAUGCUGACUUUCAUAAUGAUGAUGGGCAUGGUUUUGCGAAUGUGGAACUCCAGUUCUUUCCAUGUGAUGCCUGUGAAGCCUCUUUCACUAGUGAACCAGAGCUGGAGCAGCACUUCAUAAGCUCUCAUUCAAUAUGUGAUGUAGCAAGUGAGAGAGGAAGACUGAAAGCAAAGUCAAUGGAAACAGAAGGUGUCUCACCCCUGCACACCUGCAUGACUUGUGGGAAGGUGUUCAAAUACCUAACUUCAUUUCGAAAACAUGAGGAAACUCAUAUCAAAGCCCUGUACACCUGCAAGACGUGUGGGAAGGAGUUUAAAUACCUAACUUCAUUCACAAAGCACCAGGCCACUCACAUUGUACCAAGACUGAGAGGAAAUGGAAAGUCAAUCAUAGCAGUAGGCUUAAAUGUCAAUCAGAAAGUGAAAGGCCUUCACACCUGCAGGCACUGUGGUAAGGGGUUCAAAUACCUAACUUCUUUCAUAAAGCAUGAGAAGACUCACAGGAUAACCAAAAAAAGCAGAAAAAAACAGAGGAACCCUUCAAGUUCUGAGAUUAUUGUACGUCUUGAAGGCAAUAGGAAAGAAUACACAGAAACUUGUGUAAGGGCCACCAAGAAAAAAAGGAAGAACAUCAAUGAUACUGAGGAUCAGGAUGCAUGUAUUCUAAUAUCUUCUGAUGAUGAACUAGCCAACACUGCAGAGCAGCAAACACCUGACUCUAACCGUUCUCCUCCUUUUCCUUCUGACUCUAACCGUUCUCCUUUUCCUUCUGACUCUAACCGUUCUCCUCCUUUUCCGGCUGACUCUAACCGUUCUCCUCCGUUUCCUUGUCUGGACUGUGGGAAGGUUUUUAAGUUUUUCAAAUCUUACCAAAAACACCAGAAAAGACAUGCUUGGGCACAGGGCAAAAGUGAAAUAGUGCCUCCUAAACAGGAGCACGGACCGGAAGUGAAACAACAGAUUAGAUGUCCAGUUUGUGGUAGAGCAUUCAACAAGCUUAAAGCUUGCACCAAACACGAGAAAAUGUAUCAUCGGGAAAAUAACUUGCGUAAAAACACAUUUUCUUUAACGUGCUGUGAAUGUGACCGUCAUUUUGAAAAGGCAGAUAUUUUCCAAAAGCACAAGUGCUUCCACCUGCGUAAGCAUGUAAAGGCUUUCAUAGAGGCAAGUAGGGUGAGCCAACAGGGGGAUAUUUUCUAUUGUCAACUCUGUGUCCUAAAGCUCGCCAGUGGACUGGAGUUUGAGAAUCAUGCCAGGGAAAUGCACCCAGACCAAUACCGCAAAACCCUAAAAGCAGUAGGCAAUGUCAGGACAUGUAUCAUUAAAGACACCUUGAAAGGCUUGCCGACACAAAGGGAUCUGGAGGCAACUGAAAUAGACUUAAACACUGUAGGAGAGAUAGAGGAAGAUGUAUCGAGACAAUUUAUUUGCAAAGAUUGUGGGGACUGUUUCAUAUAUCAUGUUUCGUUUAAUUUUUGUGGGAAAUGUUUAAAGGAUCGCAAAGACUCUAGGAGAAUUCGGGAGAGCAACGUAAAAGCCUCCAAGCUGCACCACUGUGAAAAAUGUGGACUUGACUUUGGCCGAAAAGAUCACCUAAAGCGCCAUAGCUGUUCUCAUUCUGGCAGUUCCUUUAUCUGUUUUGAUUGUGGUGUUAGAUUCAGGGAUCCAGGAGAGUUGCGGACGCAUGAAAAGACUCAUCCGGUGAGAAACCACAUCUUCCAACUGCGUGAGAAGCGAUGUGAACAUCAAAAGGAACUGAUGUUGCAUCAUGAAGUUGAUCAUCCAGGACCAGACGGUUAUACAUGCCACCAGUGUGGCAAGAAAUGUAGUACUGGGGAAAGGCUGGGGAAACACAGAAUGAUCCAUUCGGCCAAAACUCCCCAUGUUUGUUCAUAUUGCGGUACAAAGUUCAAGAGGCGAGAGCAUUUGAGACGGCAUGAGAACCUGCACACCAAUGAGAAACCUCACCUUAGUCAUUGUUAUGGAGAUACAUUUGGGCGGCAGGAGGACUUAAAGACCCACCUCGGUAAAAUGCACACAAUUUUGAGAAGUUAUCUUUGUAAGACUUGUGGGACAACGUUCAAGGACCGUAACUCUCUCCGGAGACAUAGAUAUCACACUCACACAAAGGCAGGUAAGGUGUUCCAAUGUGAGGAGUGUGGCCUAAGCUUCAGCCGGGCGGAUCAUCUGAAGCACCACAAGUACACACAUUCUACUGAAAGGCCCUUCUCAUGCUCAAUGUGUUACAAAGUAUUCCACAUUGCAGAAAACCUCAAGAAGCAUGAGCGAAAUCAUAGAAACAAGUGGUUGGAGUACCUCAACACCCACCGCCACAAUAACACACCCAAGCAGGAGAGCCAUGUUUCUGAGCGCUCCAAGUGGAAACUGGGCUGGUCUGAAGCAUCUGCCCUACUAAAGCUCAUUCAGAGCCACUCCAAGCAGCAACAUCAUACCUGCUAUGUUUGUAAAAAUACUUUCAGAGGGCUUUACUAUCUGAAAAGACACCGUCUACUAAACUGUCUUGGACAAAGGAGUAAAAUUAUGAAUUCAUUCUGAUAUGGAACUGUUCAAUAACUCACUUUGGUGUUGAUAAUAUGAGAGAUUUAGAAGAUUAAUUUAAUUUUGUAGAACUUGUUGUGUAUUUGUAUAUAGUGAGCUGUGGUUUGGUAUCUUGUAUUGUCUGGUUAUUUAAAUGUUAUUGUAGACCCUCAUAGCCAUCAUACCAGAGCCAGUGUUGCCAAUAUUAGACUGCUGUGCUAUAGUAGGAUUACAUUAGGCACAGAUGUCAGUUCAACAUCUAUUUUACAUUUUUGUAAACUAACGUGAAUUCAAAAUGAAAUCAGCAAAACAUUUCACCAUGACAUUGGAUUUAGGUACCAAGUUGGGUGAAAAAAAAUCCUGUACGUUGAUGACUUUUUGCAAAUACGAUCAUUUUUCCACAUAGAUUCAUCACAUUCACCACAUUUCAUCACAUAGAAGUCAUCACAUUGUUUCCACGUCAUUUCAACAAAAACAUCUAUGUUGAUUAAACCAGUUUUUGCCCUGUGGGAUUUCUGGGAAAAUAAUUAUUUCCUUAAAACUGGUGCAGAAGAAUGGAAUGGUGUACCAAACCUUAUAAAAUCCAUCCCUACACUAGGGAGUUUUAAGAAACCUUAAGAGGAAAUAAAUGGUUUAUGGUAAAAUGCUUUAAAACUACACAAGCUAAAAGAAAGUAUAAUUGUAUCAAUGAACAUUACUUGGUCAUCUAUUUUAUUCCUUUUACUGUUUCCUCCCUAUUGAUGAGAUGCAUUUGAGAUGUUAUAAUUAAGCAAUAAAGCCUGACGAGGUGUUAUAUAUUGCCAAACUACCACAGCUAAAGGCUGUUCUUAGGUGCAACGUGGUGUGCCUUGAUACAGCCCUUAGCCCAUAUAAAGCAAACUCCUGAUGUGCCUUAAUUAUAUUAUAAACUGG